AUGGCCAGAAGAGGUCUAGAACUAUUUGUAAGCAGAUUAUCAUUUUACACGACUGCUGAAGAAUUGAAGAGUCUGUUUUCACCAUUCGGUCUGGUUACGCAAGCUAGGCUUGUUAUUGACCCAAUAACGCGAAGGACUAAAGGGUUUGGAUUUGUCCAGUUUGAUUCAGAAACUGAUGCUCAAAAUGCGUUAAAGGCAAUGAAUGGCAGGAUAGUGAAUGGCAGACUGAUUUUUGUUGAAGUUGCAAAGACCACAAGAUCUGAAAAUCAGACAUCCUGAGACUUAAGUUCCCGCGUGCA